GUGGACAAAUUUACCCCCCCCCCCCCCCGUGCAUGCACAAUUUCUCUGUGUUUACAAGUGAUUGAAACCGUGCCAGCGAAGAGGAUAACCUAGGAAGGAGGGAUGGUGGACAAUUCCGGUAGCAGCAAGGCACAAAUGCCCAGCAUGUCACAGGAGAGUGGUCUGGGGGGUGUCUAUCCUCAGGGAGGCACAGCAGGAGGAAUGAAGCUGGAGGCUGUCAUGGAGCAGCUGCAGCGCCAGCAGCAGGCCAGGCUGGAGAUGGAGUGCAAAGAGAGGCGGCUCCGUGAGGCCCACAUCAUGUAUGCACAGCAGGUAGCAGCGCAGCAGGCCAUCCUGGCCGCGGCCCGGGCCUCUGGAGCUGGCUUCAUGGGCAAGGCCCUGGUUGGAAGUGGAGGUGCAGGGAUACCCAUAGAAGGCCCACUGUCCCGGGUCUCCAACCAGAGCAGUGUGGACUCAGAGAGGGAGGAUGAGGAGGGCAGAGGCCGGGAUUCAGGGGAUGAUGAGGAGAUGAUGGAUGGAGAUGAGGGGAGCGAGGAGGAAGAGGGAGGGGCUAGUGGUCUUGAGUACCUCCGCAAGCAGACACUGGCUCUACAACAGGGUGCCUCCCGCCUCCCAGCGCAUCCAUUUGGCAGUUACUCUACCUCGGGCCCCCAGCAGGUGCCAUUGCCACCUGUCAGGGUGAAGCAGGAGCCUGACGAGAGCCGCUCUCCUGCAGGGCCCCAUUCUGCCACCUCCCCCAACGGGCAGGCUGACUGGAAUAGCUUUGAGGAUCAGUUCAAACAGAAUGGGAGUGGUGCUUGGGCAGAUGAGAAUGACAGUGGAAGAGGAGGAAGAGGAGAGGCCUCCAGAGACUUUGCUAAGCUGUAUGAGCUUGACAGUGACCCCAACAGAAAGGAAUUCCUGGAUGACCUGUUCACCUACAUGCAGAAAAGAGGGACUCCAGUGAACCGCAUCCCCAUCAUGGCCAAGCAGGUCCUGGACCUGUACAUGCUUUACAAGCUGGUGACAGAGAAGGGUGGCCUGGUGGAGGUCAUCAACAAGAAGAUCUGGAGAGAGAUCACCAAGGGCCUCAGCCUGCCCACCUCUAUCACCUCUGCUGCCUUCACCCUCCGCACACAGUACAUGAAGUACCUGUAUCCCUUUGAGUGUGAGAGGAAAGGUCUAAGUUCGCCAGGCGAGCUUCAGGCGGCCAUCGACAGUAACCGCCGGGAGGGCCGUCGUCCCAGCUACAGCAGCAGCCUCUUCCGCUUCUCCCCCAGCACAGCCCCUCACAUCCUCUCCUCUCCCAAGAUGCACCUGUCUGCACUGGGGGCCGGGGCCGCUGGGAGCCUCAACGGCCUACUGGCCUCACCCAUCCACUCUCUCAAAAAAGCCGUCCUCCCCUCAAUCACCCCCUCCUUGAUGGCAGCGGCUCGUGGUACCUCCAUGUCCCUGUCGCUGGGGCAGCAGCAGGUGGCAGGGCUGGCGCGGGCUGCCACUCUGGAACAGCUGAGGGAGAAGCUGGAGACUGGCGAGGGCCCUGAGAGGAAGAUGGCACGCCUGGCAGAGGAGCAGCAGCAGCGUCUGAUGCAGCAGGCCUUCCAACACAACCUGCUUGCCAUGGCCUCCCAGGUCCCUAUGAACCUGCGCCUGGGCAACAGCGCCACCGCUAGAGAUGAGAAGCAGCAGGACAUGGCUCUGAGCAUCUCCACCAAUGGAUCUGCUAGCAUCAGUGUGUCUGUGGAGGUCAACGGCACACUCUAUUCAGGAACCCUGUUUGCACAGAAAUCAUGCACACCAGGGACUAGUGUGUCCACUGCAGCAACAGUGCCCCCUGCUGGACCCAGCACUGGGUUUGGGUUCGCCACCUCUGCCCACAGCCACAGUCCCAGCUCCUCCUCUUCUUCCAAGGGGCCUUGCUCAGCCGAGCCCUCCACCAGUGGCUCCCCUUAGCUCAGGCCACCCUACAACCCACUCUCCAGGCUUUUCCUCAACACCGAGGCCUAGCAUGAAUACAGUACAUUGAUAAAUCGAUAAGAAAAAAAGAAACUGGUGCACAACAAAUACCUCAUCGCUCCUGUCAACCUUGGCUACCCAUUUAUGAAUACACAAUUCACACACCCAAUUACAUCUCAAGAGAAGAUGAACACACACACACCUAUGCAUUUUACACACAUGUACACAUACACAUAUGCAUUUCACAGACACUCUUAUCCCAAACACAUGCUAAACACAAUCAAAGAGCUCAGCCAAAACCCACUGACAGGUGUUCACAACUGAACUUGAAGAGUUUUAUUUUGUUUGUUUGUUGGCUUUUUGUUUUUUUGAUUUUAGUUUUUUCGAAUUAAUAUUAUUAUUAUUAUUAAUACUAUUUUUUUUGUUAUCUUUUUACAUACCUCAAAUCAAGUAACCUGCAGUGGUAUCUUUACCUCAGGAGCUGUAGUAUACUUCACCUGAAUUAACUUUAUUUUUGUAUCCUUUUUGAUCUUGUUGAAAUCAGGGGAAUUUCACAACGGAACCUCACUCACCUCAGCACACCUCCUACGCAUUCAUACAGUAACCCUAUCACAACGCUUGAGUUGCCAUGACGACGGCCGUAGCCUUUUUGCUUCUGAGUGCACUACUUUAUUGAUCCUACAGAUCGCCAUGUAAUACCUCAUAUACAGUAGUCACUCCCACAAUCAAUAGCCUAUUUGGAAUGAUGUACUUAAUCUUCAAUCUAACACAAGAAACUGAUGGGCAAUGUGUCUAAAGGGCUGAGGAUCAGAAUUAGCUUUGGAUGUUUUUUCACACACGGAUUGAGGUUAUAAGAGCUGACUGAUCCGUCAAUCUGUUUAGGACUAGCAAGCCCCAAGCUCACCACCCCGCAUCUAUCUAAUAAUAAUCAGAAAGGUAAUGAAGGUGUUCUGGUCCCUGCUCUGGGAUCAGUGUGUGUCCCUAGUUCAAUUCAACAGAGAGGAGAGACAUAUCACCCAUCAAUGCUUUUCCUCCAACACUGGCAGACCAGACCUGAAGUGUUUUAACCACAUACCCUUUCAAACCUCAUAUUCGCCUCUCCGUGUGGGAGAGGGCCCUUUCUCAGGAAGCAUCGUGAAGUCUCUUAUUAUGGACUCGCUUUGUCAUUUAAAAAAGGAUUCCACUGAAAGAAUGCGCAAGUCUAACAGACUGUCUUCAAAGGAAUACCUCAGACUCUCUAGAAGGAGACGUACACUACAUACCUCAUUGCUGCAAAGCCAGCGUGACUUGACCUGGUGGGUUGAGUCCCUGCGACGAGCAACGGUCCACAGGAGUGGACCCCUCCGGAAUGCUGGACUACAUACGUAGACUUGACUACUGGGUUUUCUUGGGGACACAUUAUUAUACCAAGCUGAACUGGGAUGGGCUUGCUCUCCUCCGGUUUUCUCUGUAUUUGUUUGGUUUACUUCAUACUGCAUUUUAUGAGACAAAAUCUAUUUAAGAUUAUUGCUCUGCAUGUGUACAAUCAGGUGGCCAGUAUUUUACACCGUAAUCCUCUGCUGUGUGGUAGCCUCUGGCCGUUGCACAGCUGAAUACCAAAGACUAGCCCUGUCUCCUGCCCAGGCUGUUAUGGGCUAGCUGCUGUGGGUUAGCUGAACCACUAGGUAGGAUACAGUGGAGUAAAGAAUGGGUUCCAUGCUAGCCCAUCUUCUAUAGUCCCUGUUGUUAAAGUUGUCAGCUCUGGUCAUGUUGCUUUCCUUAGCUUCUUAAUCAGACCUUUGCCUACCUGUGAUUGAGUCUUGGGCCCGGUAUGGUUCUGCCUGGCAUGGCACCAUUCACCUGACAUACCAGGGAUAUACCUCCGUGAGUUAUGCUGCAGUGAACAGUGCAUGACACACAAGGCCCUUUGGCCUAACCUCUACAUUGAAUAAGACAGAAAGGGUAGCUGUUUUGACAACUGGUUUCUGUCUCAAUUCAAAGUUCAGGCCUCCCAAAUUUCUCAGACACAUCCAGUUACAGUAUUUCCAUUCUCAUACUGUUCAGGUAAUUACUCUGCAUUUUUAAUAGAACAUGAUUUGAAUGAAAUUAAUUUCUAGCAUUAUCUGUGAGGCAUUUAACUGUUUCUAAACCUUUCACCCCUGAUCUCCUGUAAUCUUUGAGGUGGGCAGCCUUGUUGCCUUUAGUAAGCUGUGUUUUAGUUGUUAUUUGUUGGCUUUUUGCGGUGCAGACCACCGGCCAGGAUUACAGGACCACCACACCAUAUAUACAAUGACUAAAGAGACACCUGCAAUCGUGAUGAAAUAUUAUGUCCACAUUUAAUAAAGGUGAAAGAUGUAGUUGCUGCCUUAAAAUCAGCUGUGAGAGAACAGUGAACCUUUCAGGAGCUCUCUGCUAGGAAUGACUGUUUUAUCUUCAAGCUUAAUCCUUUGAAGCGUAAACUAUUUCCAUUAUCUUUAUGAAUUCAAUCAGACAUUAAGGCAUUCAUCGUUCAUGUUAUUGGUUUCAAAACCAAGGUAUGCUAUUUAUUUGUGUCGAUUUUUCUUCUUCUGAUGGACCGAGUUAGCUUGAUCACUUAGGUGGUGUCACAAAAACCCUUUUUCGUUUCUCUCGUUUUAGAAACUGACAUUUCUGGGUUUUCCAAUCAGUCUAGUCAAUGACUGUCUGACAGUGUAUCCUUUACAGCCUUUGCAUGAGAGAGGGAGCGUGUGUAUGAGUGUGAGAGCAAGUUCAGAAUAUGCUAGAGGAGGGUGUGUAACAACCAUGUAAUGCCAUGUAGGAGACUGCAGGUGGUGCUGUCCUCCAAGACCACACCAUGACAAGGGUGGGCAACAAGUUAGAACCACAUUUACUGGGAAUUCAGUUUACAGCUCAGGCUUAUGUGGGCUACAAUUGUGUGUGUGUGUGUGUGUGUGUGUGUGUGUGUGUGAGAGCUCUUGAAGACCCCCUACCUCUUACCUCAGGGCAUUGGACUGCAGUCAUUGUUGCAUUUGAUAUUGAAGUUAUGCAAUUGGCAUGUAUACUGAGGGACACAUCCAAAUGCAAAUCUUGGACGACCCAAAAGCUGUCUCUAGUGACUUGCUAAAUGCUAUUUUAGACUGGUUCGGUUUUUGCCGCAUUUUGAUUUUUGUCAUCAGUUACAGGCAAGGUCACAUCACUCAAGAAACUGUGAAGUUGAAAGUCUGCAGAACCUUGUCCCUGGAUGGUUUGGAUUUUAUUAGAUGUUUUAUUAUUUAAAUCUAACCUGAUCUGUGUAAUACAAGUGCAUAUGCAAGUGGUUAUUGAAUACCUCAUUUAUCAAUUCUAUGUUGUUUUUGGCUUGUACAAUGCUCCGUAUAUAAAUCUGUGAGGUUUGUGCAUAUUUUUGUACUGUUAUUAUUAUUAUUAUGGACAUGAUAAUGAUAUUAUAGUUUUCUCUUUUGAUUAAAACAAAAUUGGGACAACGUAAAUGCUUGUAAAACUGGUUUGUGCUGAUUGUAUUUAAAAGAGGAGCACUUUUCCAAAGUGAUUUUGACAUUCAGUUUUGUUCACAUUAGUAAUAAAGAUAUGGUUCUCAGGGCUUUAAACUUGUAUGUCAUGAUAAAGUUUUACUUUAUAUCUUA